AAAAAAAAAAAAGAAAAACCCUUCUUCUCAAAUCCCUCACUCAUUUUUUCAUUUUCUCAAUCCAACCACAAUGGCGUCACUUCACACCACCACUACAGCCUCAUUCCCUUCCAUCCAAACCCCAAGAUCCCUACUCACCCACCCAAAACCCAUCCUCAACCUCUCCCUCUCCACUACUACCUUCCCCUCCCUCUCCCUCAAACUCACCCGCCCCCGCCGCUCCGCCGGAGCCCUCGGCGCCCGCAUGGUCUCCACUGCUGCCGCAAGCUACGCCCUCGCCCUCGCCGACGUCGCCAAAUCCAACAACACCCUUGACGCCACCACAACCGACAUCGAGAAAAUUGAUGAAAUCUUCUCCGAUCCACAGGUGUUCAAAUUCUUCGCCAACCCAACCGUAGAUGCCGAACAGAAGAAGAAUCUCGUCGAUGAAAUUGCCACGUCAUCAAGCUUCCAAUCCCACACGCGCAACUUCCUGAACAUUCUGGUCGAUGCGAAGCGCAUUGGGCUGGUGAAGGAGAUUGCGAAGGAGUAUGAAUUCGUGUACAACACGCUCACAGAUACGGAAAUGGCGGUGGUGAGCUCGGUGGUGAAGCUCGAGUCGCAGCACUUAGCACAGAUCGCGAAGCAGGUGCAGAAGCUAACGGGGGCUAAGAACGUUAGAAUCAAGACAGUUAUUGACCCGAGCCUGGUGGCUGGGUUUACUGUUAGGUAUGGUAAUUCUGGAUCGAAGUUGAUUGAUAUGAGCGUCAAGAAGCAGCUUGAGGAGAUUGCUGCUCAGCUUGAUUUGGGUGACAUCAAACUCAAUGAAUGAUGGUCUUGUCCCGCCCACGAUGAGGAGGGUGGUUUAAUCCCGUUCACGAAUUGGAUGAUGGAUUAAUUGAAUAGAUUAUGAGGUGUUUGUGGAUUUCUAUGGUUAAUGUUUAUUUUUGUGUAUGCUUAUUUGCUUUUAUUUGUAAAGAACUGAAGAUUAAGAGAUUGGAGCUUCAUUAGGGUUCUGUAAUUGUGUGCUUGACUCAAUGAAUGGAAUAUAAUUUAGAUACUAUAGUAUAAUUUUUUUGUUA